AUGCAAGAGAUGAGAGUUUCAGGGUUUUGGGUUCUUUUAUUGGUUUCUUGUUUAAUCUGCAAAUCCAAAGGAGCCAUUGUUCCUGCACUCAUCAUGUUCGGUGACUCCAUUGUUGACGUUGGCAACAACAAUAACUUACUCAGCAUUGUCAAGUCAAACUUCCCUCCUUAUGGCAGAGACUUCACCAAUCGAACACCCACAGGAAGAUUCUGCAACGGUAAACUCGCUGUAGAUUUCUCAGCUGAGUACCUUGGCUUCCCUUCAUACCCACCUGCAUACCUAAGCAGAGAAGCAAGAAACGAGGAUUUCUUGAUUGGUGCCAACUUUGCAUCAGCGUCUUCAGGAUACUAUGAUGCCACAUCUGUUCCAUUUGGCGCGAUCCCCUUACCACGACAGUUGAGCUAUUACAGGACGUAUCAAAACAGAGUGAGGAGCAUGAUCGGAAGGGAGAGAGCACGCACUAUGUUCUCUAAAUCUAUCCAUAUUUUGAGUGCGGGAUCUAGCGACUUUCUUCAGAACUAUUACGUCAAUCCGCUGCUCAACAUCCUAAAUACACCUGAUCAGUUCUCUGAUAUUCUCAUGCGAUCUUACUCAGAGUUCAUCCAGAAUCUGUAUGAACUAGGAGCAAGGAGAAUUGGAGUGAUAUCGUUACCGCCAAUGGGUUGCCUGCCUGCAGCUAUCACUCUUUUCGGUGCAGGAAACAAGAGUUGUGUCGAGAGGCUCAACAAUGAUGCUGUCAUGUUCAACACCAAACUUGAAGCCACAACACAGGCAUUGAUGAAACGACACUCAGGCCUCAAGCUUGUCGCCUUUAACGCCUACCAACCUCUCAUGGACAUCAUCACCAACCCAUAUGACAAUGGAUUCUUUGAAACAAAAAGGGCAUGCUGUGGAACAGGAACAAUAGAGACAUCGUUCCUUUGUAAUUCUCUUUCCUUAGGAACGUGUUCAAAUGCCACAGGAUAUGUGUUUUGGGAUGGAUUUCAUCCCACAGAGGCUGUGUACGAGCUCUUGGCUGGUCAACUAUUGAGUCAAGGGAUUUCUCUAAUCUCUUAAAUUAAAUUCCAUCUCGAUGAAUUCAAACUGUACACCUACAAAUAGUUACCCUUGUCUCUCUCUCUUUCUAGGGAUAUGUGUGUGACGAAGUAUCCGACUCUCAUAAACUAAAAUAAGAGAGAGCGUGUGUGAGUGUGUGAAUGUUGAAACUACCAAUUUGUUUUA